UCACAUUCUUGGCACAGGAAGAAACCUUUUCCUGUCGCUGCCCGUAGAUGGCGCUGAUCGCUCUUCCCGGGUUUUUCCAACCAGGAGGUGAGCUGCGCGCAGGCGCAUUCUUCUUUUCUGCCUCCUGGGCUGAGGACCUGGGGCGGCCUUUCCAUGACUCGGAGGAGCGGCACCCUCGAUUCUUCUCUAGGGUUAGUAAAAUGUGGAAACUGUGCCCGGCCGACGAGACCGGAGGAGGACCAUUGUAUCGACUUCUAGUUGGUGUUGAGUAUGUUGUUGGACGAAAGAAUUGUGGAAUUUUAAUUCAAAAUGAUCCAUCAAUCAGCCGAAGUCAUGCAGUCCUUUCAGUUAAUCAUCCCCAAGUGAAUCUUAGUCAAUUUUCUUCAUUUCCUGAAUUAACUUUAAAAGACACUUCAAAAUAUGGUACGUUUGUUAAUGGAGAAAAUCUACAAAAGGGUAAUACCAUAACAUUAAAUACUGGUGACAGAAUCACUUUUGGAGUCUCUGAAAGCAAAUACAGAGUUGAAUAUGAACCACUGGUAGUGUGUUCUUCAUGCUUAGAUGUUUCACAGAAAAAUAUUUUAAAUAAAAAUAUUUUUCAGUUGGGUGGCCAUGUAGUAAAUGAGUGGAACGAAGAAUGUACCCAUCUUGUUAUGGUUCUAGUCAAAGUUACUGUGAAGACAAUAUGUGCAUUGAUUUGUGGUCGACCAAUUAUGAAGCCGGAAUAUUUCGAUGAAUUAAUCAAAGCCAUUCAAGCAAAGCAAACGUUACCACUGCCUGAAAGAUUUUUUCCACGAAUUGGUGAACCAAGUAUUGAGAGUGAAAAUAUAGAUCUGACCAAGUGUCCUAGAAGAAGAACUAUUUUCAGAGGAAAACUGUUUAUGUUUCUAACAGCAAAGCAGCAUGCAAAAUUGAGUUCAGCAAUUAAACUUGGAGGCGGAGAAGCAAGACUGUUGACUGACAAAACAGAAGAUGCUGCUGCUUUAAUAACAUCUAACACUUGUGUGAUUGAAGUAGGAUCUACAAACUCUCAACCAUCACUUUCUAUCUUGGACAAAAAAUGGAUUGAUAAUAUCACAGCUGCCUUGCAAAGGAAGAACUACAGAACAAUCUCAGAGGCAGAAAUCGGUUUAGCGGUUAUUUUUGCAUCUACAGAAAAAUACUGCAAUCCUCAAAUUUCACCCAGUGGAGAUAUAAAAACUGCUACCCUUGCAUCCCAACUAAGUCAGUCUCAGAGUGUGGCAGUGGAGGAAACAACAAUGCCUUCCAACCAAGAGGACAUCAGUGCAUUUGUAGCUGACACAGAAAUGGAUGAAGUGAUGGACACAUUACUUAUGGAAUUAUCACAAGAUGAAAAAAAGCCUGUAACCCAGUCACAGGGCAUAAUGACUGUUAGGGAGACUCCAGAAGGAACAGGUAGUGUAAACCGAGAAAGAAUCCUGCCCCAGCUAAAGAAGUCACACGGAGCUGAUUUUGCCAGUCUAGCAUGUUUAUCUUCUGAAAUUUCAAGUCGUAGCAGGAACAGAGAGGAAGAUUCACAACAACUCAAUUCAAUUAAAAAUUACUUUCAGACCACUGUUAAAAAAAGAGAAAGGAAUGAGGAAUUAGAAACACCAUUAUCAAAACAUGCAAAGAUGGAUAAGAAGUCAUCACAGUUUUCCCAUCAAACACCAUCUGUACCUUUUUUGCUACGGGAAAAUAAUGUGGAUUCUCAAAAAGGACAGCGUGCAGCAACACAAGGAGUAAGUGACUCAAACUUGGACUCAAGAAAAUCUUCAGUAGUGGAAAAUAACAAGUUAAAGCAAACAGGAAUGAAAAGUAUCCCCCUUGAAAUGCCUGCAUCAAAGAAGAGAAAGAAAAUAGAGGAUCCUGUGGAAGAUGAAGCUUCUUUAGAACUUGUAUUUGCAAGCCAAGAAUUGGAUCUAGAAGAGAAUAUAGGAGAACAGGAUGCAAAAAACACUCAGAAUGCAAAGAAGAAAGUGAAAUUGGAUCUUAAAGAAACCACUUUAAGAAACACAGAAACAAAAAUAGAAGCCACUAGAUUUUUGGGAAAAAAUGAGGAAUCCCUUCCAGCAGAAACCCAGAAAGAAGAAAUCAAAGAAGAACCACCAGAACCUAAUCCAGGUAAAUGUGGAGAUGUUUCAAGCUAUCUCCCUAAUAAACUUUUGCUAAUGGAAUUUAGAUCAUUGGUUGUUACUCAACCAAGGAAUAUCAGUCCUCAAGCAAAUUCAGACUACGGACAUCUGAGCAACUUUAAAAAAUUUAAAAAGAUAGCUUAUCCUGGGGCAGGAAGGCUGCCAAACAUUAUUGGAGGAUCAGAUCUGAUAGCUCAUCAUGCUAGAAGAAACCCUGACAUGGAAGAUUGGUUGAGACAAGAAAUGGAGGAGCAGAAUUGUCAAACAAGAGAGGAGUCACUUGCAGAUGAUCUGUUCCGGUAUGAUCCGCGAAUAAAAAGAAGAUAAUUGUACCUCUAAUUGCUGGCUAGUAAUAAACUGCAGAAUCAAAGAGUUACUUUAUAAUCAAACACAUCUGCUGAAAAUGUGACUUUUUAAAAAGAAUGUUUCUGUUUAUAAGAAAAAGAACUUGAGACCUCUCCAAUUAGUGAUGGAUCCAAAACAAGCCAAUUUUCUUGUAGGCUUUGAAAUAUUAACCCAAAGGAAAAUAUUCAACAUCCAGUCUGAGCCAGAAAGGAAUUUUAAGCUUCCUGCAUUUGCAUAAUUUUCAAGCCUCUUCCAACCUUGUUACUAUUUACUGAAAUUCUCCCACCUACAUUUGUGCUGCAUGUUGGGUACAAGGAAUUGUGGGAAAUGUAAUUUUCCCAGCCUAGAAAACCCAUUGAAUAGCACUGAGAACCUUGCUUUCAAUAUUUCCAUUAAAUACACCAUUGUAGCGUGUGAUGAAAACUAGUGGAUGAGGGGGAGUCCACACAGCUGUUCUUAGAGUAACUAGAAAGUUUAAUGAGAGAGGCAUAGGAAAAGACAGAUGGUUCUGAAAGUAUUGCCAUUCACCUAUAGCAGUGAUGGCAAAUGUUUUCGGCACCGAGUGCCCAAACUGGAACGUGUGCGCCAGAGCACCAAAAACC